AUGGAGAAAAAUGUUCCAGAAUUCGAAUCAAUGCAACAAGAUGUAACGACUGGAGAUCAUUCAGAACGUGAUGAAGAUAUUUCGAAUGGCAAUGCAAAUGGAAACCCUUUUAUAGCUCAUUUUGAAGAUAUCAUUGAAGAGGUUUUGUUAUCUAACCUCGAAAUUGAUGAGGACUCUAUGGAGGAAGAGUCGAUUACGCAUGAUGCAAACCGAAGCUAUUGCCCUGAAUUGUUCAAUUUUUUGAAGUCCUAUUUACACGAGAUGCCGCUAUGGUCAGGUGUUUUAUUAGGUUCUCUCGACCGUUAUCAGCUUUAG